AUGAGCUGCCUCAAGGAAAUUCCGACACUCAGGGGAGACAACUACUCUGAGUGGAGGAAGAAGGUGGACAUGGCCCUCUGCAUUGCAGAGGUAGACUGGGUGCUGGAGGAACCACAACCAGCCGCACCUGCAGACCCAGAGAGAGAGAUUGAUGAGGAUGAUGAGAGCUGGGACAAAAGGAAAGGAAAUUAUGAAAAGGAGGUCAUGUCCCACUCCAUCAGCAACAGGCUUUGGUUGAAUGCCAACAACAAAUGCUUGGCGUUCAUAAAGAACACCAUUGAGACCACUAUCGUGGGAUCAAUUGCUGAUUGCCCUACGGCAAAAGAAAUGUUGAAUAAGAUAAAGAGUCAGUUUACUGGCUCUUCUAAGACGUAUGCCACCCAGCUGAUCAAGUAG